GGCAUAAUCUGCAAAGGUUUUAUGACGACUUGGUAAACCUUGGCUUUACAAGUUUAACAUAAAAUUCAUUAGCUGUCUUUUCUUCAAAAUGGCUAUGAACAAGUAUGUCUUCGCCGUGUUUUUGCUGUUGGCAGUAAUGCAAACACCAGUCAGCGUUAAUGGUCAGUGUGUAAUGUACUCAGAAUGUGAACAAACCCCAUCAGGUCCACUCCCAUGUACCUACAGUGGUCAACCCAUCACUCUAAAGGACCAGAAAUCUCUACAAAUUUUGAAAAACUACUGUCCUGAUUUAUAUGAAGGUAGUAACACAAAAACAUGUUGUGAUGAAAUGCAACUAUCCAGCUUGGUAAAACAGACGAGACUCGUAGAACAACUAUUAUCAAAAUGUCCAUCUUGUCUACAUAAUUUUAUGGCCAUAUUUUGCGAAAUGACCUGCAGUCCAAAACAGAACGCCUUUCUCAAAGUUAUGAAUCAGGGCAAGACAGUACAUUCGCUGGAUUACGUCAUAUCACGUGACUUUCUCUACAGCAUGUUUAAUUCCUGUAAGAAUGUUGAACUCACAAGUGCCAAUGAUAAAGCCUUUUCAAUCAUUUGCGGCAGAUCAGCCAGUGAGUGUACACCAGAGAACCUUUUAAGCUACCUUGGUUCGACGUCAAAUGGUCAUACCCCAUUUGAAAUUUCCUUUAUCGAGACGAACGAUAAUAUAACAAUAGGAGGACGGGAUUAUCACCCAAUGAACCAAUCUACAAUCCCCUGUUCAGAAUCUUGUUCAAGUCGUGAUUGUGGGGUUCCAAAGCUACCUAGACCACGCCCAUGUCCUGGUGGGUCAUGUUUUGAUGGACAAAUAAGACCAAUUUACAGGCAAGAACAAGUAGUGAUAACCAGGCCACACAACCAUACUGUUGUCAGGCAUUAUCUUCCCCCGCCAUCAAAUGAUCUUAUGAAUUACACGUCGUUAUUUGACAAGAGUUUUCUACAUUUACUUUUAGAUUUUCAACAAAGCAUAAGAAAUAUUUCCGUUAAGUUCGAAAACCAAGACAUUGGAUUGAAGGAUAUUUGCUACAGACCACAUUAUGGUAGUGAUUCUUGUGCUGUAUUCAGCAUUCUUGAGUACUGGCAGAGUAAUCACUCAAACAUCGAUAAAAUCAAAAUGGAUCAAUAUGGAUUUUUUGUCCUUGCAGAUUAUUUGGAUCAUUUUGCAUCUUGCGCAGUUGUAUCUUCAGAAAUAGAUACAGUGGGUCUAAACAUGUCUUGCUCGUCCUCUGCAAAUCAAGCCAUUUAUCCAAAUAUGGUUCUAGCCGGCUAUGGAGGAGAAAAUCAAGUAGAAUAUUUCAACAGUUCUACUGCUUUUGUCAUCACGUUUUUGAUCCAGAAUUAUCAGGAUGAUCGCAUGAAUGAUGUUGCACGUGCGUGGGAAGGGGAGUUUAAAAAAUUCGUGCAAAACUUCCGCAGCCCCAACAUGACUGUCUCAAUGAAUAUGCCACUUCUGGCUGAUUCGUUUUACUAGACAUACAUAAACAUGUAUUUGUAACAACAGUCUUAUAAAAUACAUCAUUGCUAUCUUUGUAGCGAUAAAAAAAUGGUUGUGGGUUUUCUU